AUCUCAUCUAUCUCGCAGGCAGCCACAAAAGCAUGGAGGGGAAGGACUGGCGGGAAGAAAACCAAUCCGAUGACCUGCACUUUGACAAUCCUGCUACCAUGGCUCCCCUUCUCUCGAUCCUCCCCUCGCUUCCCAUGGAUCCAAUCCUCGAUCUCCGGCGUUUCUCGUCCGGACCUUCGGCCAAACUCGCCUCCCCUCCGGAUUCAAUACCGCCCCCUGGGAUCUGGCCCUGUCGAUGAUCCCCCUUCCGAUGAGGGCGAAUCACCAAGCUUCGACCUUGCUGUCUCCCUUUUCAACGGCGGUGACUACUACCAGUGCCAUGACUACAUCGAGGAGCUCUGGUACAGCGCCGAGGAACCUGGCCGGACUCUGCUUCAUGGGAUUCUCCAGUGCGCCGUGGGGCUUCACCACCUAUUCAAUCAGAAUCAUCGUGGGGCAAUGCUAGAAUUGGGAGAGGGUCUUUGUAAGCUAAGGAAGAUGAAUUUCCAAGCUGGUCCAUUUCAAGAAUUUGAAAAGGAGGUCUCGCAGGUGCUGGAAUUUGUUUAUCGAACACAGAAGGAGCUUGCUGCAUGUGGUGAUGAUCUCUGUGUGGCAAUGGAUGGGUCUGAAAGAUCAUACCAGCUGCUUGGUAGCUUCGCUGCAGGCCAGCAUUUGUACAGCUUAGAUAUCAACUCAAAUGGUGUUCCAUAUAUACUCUUCUCUCAUGAUAACCAAAAUGCUACUAAUGAAGCGGUGAGGGUCAAGGUUCCAAUGCUUUAUGCCACAGAAGAACACCUCAAGGCCUGUGAGCACAAGUAUUGAUAACAAUACUUUUUUUUUGCCUUUUUCUUCUCUCUCUUUUUUAAAAAAUGCUUGAUGUGAAUAAUUUGAUAAUUGAAAAGUUGUGCAGGUUAUUCA